AAGUCUAUGGUGCCGUUGAAAGACGAAAGAAAACUCUAAUUUUGUUGUAAAAAGAAACUAAUAUUUCGAUAAAUAAUCAAAGUCUAAAAUGUGAAAUUAUAUUAUGUGAUAAAUUUCGUUUGGAAAUUGUUUCAAAAUGGGCACCAACGGCAAUGGUCGUCGUGCAGGAGCCAAAAUGCCUGAUGUUCGCCGCCCCAUGGAAGAAGGGGAUUGUAUCAACGACAUGGAGAGCCCCGAAUUGGACUUUGUUUACGACGACUGUGACACCCAGGCAAAUGAAAUUGCUGAACUCUACAGCUACACAGAGCAUCCGGAAUAUCAGCUCAAUGUCAAAGCAUUUGAAGAUAUUAUGGAAGAGUUUGAGUAUUUACCAAGUUGGCAAAGGCUGACUAAUAAACAGCAGCGCACUGUGAUAAUGAAGUUAUUGGAGCAUUUAGACGUUGCAGUAAGUGAAAUACGUAUGCGUGCCACACGUUGUAUACUGUACCUAGCUCAAGGAUGUUGGGCUGAGAUGCAGUCCGACGCGGAGCAAGCUCACUGGGCUCGCGUUAACGUCAUGAUGUUAUACGACAUGGGAACAUUUUCAGCUUUUGUUGAACUACUGAAUCUCGAAAUUGUACGAAGCAGUUCUGCGAUAGCUUCUAGGAAGCUAGCAGAAUCACUAGCUGACUCAACUAAUUUAAGAGUUAUUCUUUCAGUGCUUUAUCUCAUCACAGAAUAUAUGAGAACUGAAAAAGACAACCCUGAAUCUGAAUUUAAACAUCUUGUGAAAAACUUUAAAGAAGAACUUGGAGCACCAUUUGGGGAAGAGUUACUGCCUGUCAAAUUGUUAGGUAUGGUAACACAUUUGUGUGCUGGAACAACUCCACAUUUUCCCAUGAAGAAGGUAUUAUUGCUUUUGUGGAAAGUGCUGCUGGUUUAUUUGGGUGGUUCUAAAGAACUAAAAGAGAGAAAAACUAAACUCCGAGAAGCAUCUGGAUUACCUCCUCUAUCUGAAGACACUAUUGAAAUCAUAAAAGGCAUGAGGGCAAGCUCUCCACCAGCCAGUGCAGCUGACAUGUUGGAGAAUCAAAACCCAGGCCAAAGAAAACUUAAAGAAAAUGAAAGGGAAGGGAAAAUUCGCAGGCACCUUUUUAUGAAACAAACUUCAUUAGAUGAAUCUGAUGAACAAAUCUUUGUUGACAAAGAAGAGACAGGCAAUGGAUCUGAAGAUUACUCUAUGGAGUUUCAGUCUAUACCCAGUGAGGGGUCCCAAUCUGAGAAUAACCCCAAUUGCCCUUAUUACAUGUAUUUUAAACAGUUUGACAGUCCUCCUCCACCUCCUCCACUCCCCAGAAGUCUACCAUGGCAGUCAAAAGUUCGCCAAAAAGAUAUUGACAUGUUUCUUGAUAAUGUCAGAAUCAAGUUUGUUGGGUACUCUCUUCCCGGAGACCGUCAGACAGUGGCUGGUCUACCACAACCAAUUCAUGAAGGGAUUGAUAUACUCAAGAAGCAUGUAUACACCAGUCUUUCAGAAAUUCAAGCAGAAAGGGAAUUGGAAAUUGCUCGAAGUCCUCUAACCAAAGGAGAAAAAGAAGUUGAAGAAACAGAAGUUGAAAUAUUGUAUCGAGCUAUGCUACCCAACUUGCCACAGUACAUGAUAGCACUGCUUAAAAUUCUUUUAGCAGCAGCACCUACAUCUACUGCCAAGACAUAUUCAAUCAACAUCAUGGCAGACCUGUUGCCUGAAGAGAUGCCCAUGACAGUAUUACAGUCCUUAAAACUUGGGAUUGAUGUAAACAGACAUAAAGAGAUAAUUGUGAAAGCAGUUACAGCAAUAUUGCUGCUCUUGUUGAAACAUUUAAAGUUAAAUCAUGUAUACCAAUUUGAAUUCAUGUCACAACAUCUUGUUUAUGCUAAUUGUAUGCCAUUGGUAUUGAAAUUCUUCAAUCAAAACAUACUGUCAUAUGUUGGAGCUAAAAAUACCAUACCAAUAUUUGAUUUUCCAGCUUGUGUUAUUGGAGAGCAACCUGAGUUGACAAAGGAAUGUCUAGAUAUUGGAGAUUCAACAGUUCCAUACUCAUGGAGAAAUGUAUUUUCAUGUAUAAAUUUAUUGAGAAUACUCAACAAAUUAACUAAAUGGAAGAAUGCAAGGAUUAUGAUGCUUGUAGUCUUUAAAAGUGCGCCCAUCUUAAAACGCACGCUAAAAGUAAGGCAUGCAUUGAUGCAAUUUUAUGUGUUAAAAUUAUUGAAAAUGCAAACUAAAUAUUUAGGUCGCCAAUGGAGAAAGACCAAUAUGAAAACAAUCAGUGCAAUAUAUUCUAAAGUUCGCCAUAGAUUGAAUGAUGACUGGGCAUUUGGCAAUGAUGUUGAUGCAAGACCUUGGGACUUCCAAGAUGAGGAGUGUGCACUGAAAGUGGGCAUUGAUCGUUUCAAUCAUAGAAGGUAUGGCUGUGGAGUGACUGGUGGUGAACAAGAAAUAGAUUUGACCCCUUUGGAAACAGAUAUUAACAGUGUGUUAGAAAUGAAUAUUGAACUUGAUGAUGAAUUCAAAGAAAACUAUGAACUAUGGCUUGAACAAGAAGUUUAUAACAAUGAAAUUAAUUGGGAUGUCUUGUUAACUGCAUAAAAUAAUAUAACACCUAAUUUCAAGGCAAGCAAAUGUAAUUUUGUACAGUUUCUUUAUAAUUUUUAAAUCUCAUAUUACAUUUAGAAAGGUGUUUAAUUGAAUAGUGUUUUUUUUUACUGGCAUUGCUGAAAGUAAGCAGGCAUAUUAUAUCUCACAAAUGAGAACUUGUGAAGCUUAAUUGCCAGCUUUUAAAAUUGGCUUUAUGUCUUCAAAAUCCGACUUUUUGUCAUUAAUAAGUCGGAGAGUGGUAGAUCCCUGAUUAAUAGGGACGGUGUGGCACUACCACUAGUAUAGUUUAAAUAUAACUUAUUGAAUUUUUUCUUAUAAAUCUGUAUAAUCGUAGUUACAUUAUUAAGUUACACUUAGUAUUGUUUUAUUUUUAUAUAUUUAAAAUUAGUUUUAUCAUGACAUACUCAGUUUUAUGUGAAAAACUAUUAAACAAUCACCUAAAGAUAAAUCUUAAAUACCUACUAAAAUAAUAUACUUACGUCAAAUAGAUUAAAAAUAAAUUAUAUGUAUGUUACUGUAGUAAACAUUUUAGAGCUUGUGAGUUGUGGAUAAUGAAUUAUAAUAAAAUCUUGUAUUUAGUAACUAGUUGUACCACACAAACCAGAACUGAAUUUACCAAUAAAAUUUCUUUGUUUGUGAAGCAAUUUCUGCAAUGAAGUGAUGAAUUUGGAGGAUUUGUUAAAGUUUAAGUAUUUUCAACAGUUUAAACCUAUAUAGCUAUCUUAAAUAAAAUUGUAAUGAUUGCA